AUGCGGUCGCCGACCUCCACCGACGAGAACGAGGAUGAGAAGAACGACAGGAACAAGUCCGAGAAUAACGAGUCAUCCACCGUGUUUGAGAACCACAACCGCCAUGCCAUUGUCGUUCAUGGAAACAGACCUAGGUAUUUCCGCGAUCGGGGAACCGCAAACCUCGCCGCCGCGUGGGAUGAGUUUCUCUAUCUUCGGUUGAUCGUGAGAAACCUCGAGAGCAUUUACUCGCGUGUUGGCCAUUUGCAUAAAGUGCUCGAGAAGCUGAUUCAUGGUGACGAUUAUGAUAAUAGCAACAAUUGUGAGCUGAGAAGUGAUUCGACGAGGGAGAGAUCGGGGACCCAGUUCAACGACAUCCACGUGGAAUGUAGUGAGUGGUUGGUGGAUUUUAUUGCUUGGAAUCCGAUCCCGUUAUUGCAGGGUAUGGUUCAAUCUGCGAAGACGAUCGUCGAGGCUCACGUGGCCAUGUCGGAUGGGUUGAUCGAGAGGCACGAGGUGAUCCGCGUCGUCGCGAACACGCCGGGAAGGCAGUGGUGCAGGGGAAGUUCGAAGAGAGGGUUCGGACGCUGCUGUGGAGAGCCCCUGACGAGUGCAAGGACGUCUUGA